GGGUGUGAUUUGUGAGCCUUAUGGCCCAGACGUUAAUCUUUUAACCAUAUUUUACCCAUCCGAUAAAAAAAAAGGCAAAAAAAGAAUGAAUUUACCCUUUCUCUUUCGCAUGAUCGCUCUAUUGGCAGCGAAAAUCAGAUGAACAGAAUAAACAGUGUGGCUCCAUUGCCAAUUUCACAGAUGUCCGGCCCAUCUACACGGUCAGGGAGGCUGUCGUCCAUGAAGAAUGAACAACCAUCGAGGGCAAAAUGGACAACAUCACUUACCAAGGUGUUAGUUGAUUUGAUGGUUGAUCAGGUUCAUCAGAGGAUCAGUCAAAAGCUUUCAAUAGGGAACAAAUGGAAGUAUAUAUGUGAUGAGUUUUAUAGCAGAACUGGUUUGAGAUGGGAUAGAGAACAGCUCAAGUAUCGAUGUACAGUCUUGAAGAAGCUGUAUGUCACUGUGAAGUCACUUUUGGAUCAAGGUGAUUUCUGCUGGGAUGAAAACACUGGUGCUAUUACAGCCAAAGAUGAAGCAUGGGAUAUGUAUAUAAAGGAACAUCCUGAUGUUGAUACUUUGAGAGCAACUGGCUGUCCAAUCUAUAAACAAUUGUGCAUAAUAUUCUCAGAAUCUGGUAAAAGUCAAAACAGAAAUGGAUACGUUGAGAAGCAGGGAGGAGGGUUAGAUCCUGUGAGCAACAUUACAGAGGACUGCUCGACAGAAUCAGAAGGAGUGGCUUGUGCGGGGAAUGAGAAAGAGAAGUCUCCUCCAUGUGUAGAUAACCUUCAAUCAGUCAACCGGAAGAGAGGAAGGAAGGGGCUUGAGGAUUUGAUGGCGGAUGCUAUUUCCGAGAUGGCAGCUGCAUCAAGAAUGAGGGCAGAAACAAUUCAUCAACGCAGUCAGAGAUUUACCAUAUCCAAGUGUGUAACUGCUUUGGAUGAGUUGCAGGGCAUUGAUGAAAAGGUGUAUUUUGCUGCUCUUGAUCUUUUCAAUAAUCCAGUUGCAAGGGAAAUGUUUUUGUCACUUAAAGAUGAUAAGCGGUUGAUGUGGUUGCAAGGUAAGUGCAAACUAUCCCCCUAGUUCUUAGGAUUGGGUUAGCUUUGCUGAUAUACAUAAGGUUAGUAUUUAGCUGAAGCCUACACAUAACUACGGCACAUAGGAAUAAUUAACCAAUGGCUAGUGCUGUAGUGCUUGCCUCGAGGUCCAUGAUUUUCAUGGAUGUGAAUAGAUUUUAUUUUUCUUUUUCGAGGCUACUUUUUUAAUUGAAAAAUGAGUUACUGAUUUUGUUCAUAAUCCAAGGUAUCAAUUAGGCUAAUGAAGUAUAGAAGAUUGGAAGUUUUCUAUGACAGUUUGGAGUUAGAGUUCUCUCCUCCUGCAUAUUUUAUUACAAGCAUAGGGUGUACACCUUCAUUUUAUGUAAUGUCUUACAUUCAUAGCGAUAUGAAGUAGAUUAAGGUUCACUUAAUACAUUCAUAGUGAUAUGAAGUAUAUUAAGGUUCACUUAAUACAUUCAUAGUUAUAUGAAGUAGAUUUAAGGUUCACUUGAUUCAUCUGG